AUUCAUGCAGUUCGGCAAUAGGAUAUUCGGCGUGAAGGGCUCGAUAUAUUUUAAAGCAUAUGUCUAACGCAUGGAGAGUACUUUUCAUUAAAAAACUGGUUCCAUCAACAUAAACAUUCAGUCAAGUUUAUAUUUAAAAAAACAAACACUUUUUAAGCGACUUUUUGGAUUUCUCACACACGUUAAAAAUUUGAACAGGCGCUUACCAUUUUGCAUCAUCUAUGAUAAGCAGGUUUUGUGAUAAGAAUGAGCUGCUAAAAUAAAGUUACAAGCUUUGAGUAACUGACAAUGUGCAACAAGCAUCAAAACUGCUUGCAACACCAACAACUGCUGCAGUGGCGUCUGUGAUACUUAUAAUGGUUCCUAAACAACAAGCAAGUAAAAAUCGUACCAAAUAUAUCAUCGAAGAAAUAAUUACCAUGUCUGUUCCCAAUCAAAGAACACCAGCACUUGUAGCUUUACCAUCCACAGAGACUGCAGACUGCAAAUCGAAAAUUCAGGAAAGCAAGACUGAAGAAUCCGUAGUUGAAAGGGCAAUCAACGAAACAGGAUUUGGGAAAUUCAACAUAAAAGUAACGAUAAUAUGUUAUCUAAUUUAUUUAAACGCCGCUAUUGCAAAUGGAGUUACUGGAUUUAUUCUUCCGGCAGCUUCCUGCGACUUAAAAAUGAAUACUGUUGAAAAAGGACGAUUCGGCACUGCAUAUCUGGCUGGUGCAUGCCUGAGUCCAUUUAUUUGCGGACUUUUAUCGGAUUUAAAAGGUCGUAAGUGGAUCCUAAUAGUGUCAUUAUUUCUUCAGGGGUAUUCUGAUUUAUUUCAAUCAAUUGUGCCCAACUACUGGGCUAUAACAGCCUUAAAAUUAAUAUCUGGUAUUGCGGCCACUGGACAGAUGUUCACUGUGAUUACCUACAUGAGUGAAUGUAUUCCAUCGAAGCAAAGAAAUUCUCUUUUAACAUUUAUGGAAUUUUUCUGGAUUUCAGGACAUGGUCUUGCAUCCGCUUUAGGUUUGGCUAUUAUUCCUCUGAAUUUUGAAUACAGGAACGACUUUUUUUUCUUUCGCUCCUGGAAUUUGUACGUUACAAUUUGCUCUCUGCCUGCCUUUCUCAUUGGUUCCUGCUUCAUUUUUUUCCCUGAAACGCCUAAGUAUUUGGCAGAAAAGGGAUCAAGUGAACAAUUACUCCAGGUUCUUACUAACAUGUAUGAACAAAAUGUUGGAAAGUCAGGAAAAGAAUACAUAGAAAAAUUGCUGAACAGUGGUGAUUGUUCAAUCAUCGAAAUGGUAAAUAAAACUCGUACUGAAUAUUCAGUGAAAAAUAAUAAUGCAAAAUCGUAUUUAGGGACAAAAAUAUUAAAGGAAUUAAAACACAUUGGAACCAUUUGUAAGCCGCCACUCUUUAAAAAUACAUUUUUUGCGUGUGUUACUGCAUUUUCUUUAAGCUCACCAUAUUACGCUCUAUUUAUUUGGUUGCCGGAGAUUUUUCAGCGAUUUGCUGAUUUUAAUUCACAGCAUCAAAAUGGAAGUUCCUCAAAUAUUUGCACAGUUUCACGUGAAAUCCAUUCUUCAGAUCCAUUUAGGGAUCAGCAAGAUUCGUUUGGCUGUGAUAGAGCAAUUGACAACAGCGUUUUUAUUAAUAAUUUAUAUAUGUCUGCUGUCUGUGCUCCUGCUGUUCUUCCGAUGACAUUUUUGGUCAAUCGCUUGGGAUUUCGAUUUUUUAUAGCUUCUUAUUCUAUCACCUCCUCGGCUUUAAUUCUUGGAGUUUACUUUGUUAAUUCUUCCAUGCAAAAUUUAAUUCUUCUGUGCCUCUACUUUUCACUGCUAUCAGUUUGCAUAACCGGUUCAUUUGCAUUCUUCGCAGCAAUUUUUCCUACGAAUCUCAGGUCGUCCGGAGUUACAUUAACAUCCUUUUUAUCUCGGAUAGGAGGCGUGUUUGGGAAUACAAUUUGUACUUAUCUCAUAGAUAAUAAUUGUUCAUAUCUAAUUAUGGCAGUAAUGUCUCAACUUGUAGUGGCAGCAAUAUCAACCUUGAUAAUUCGUGAAUAAAGGAAUUGUUUAUUACAGAGCGUACUUUUAAAGUAAUUAAAUAUGAAGGUCUCAAUAGCUAUACGUACCAUUAUUAUCACAAGAUUUCUAGUGGACAGUUAUUAAGUAAAAUUUUCCUCAUGUGUAAAAGAGGUAAAUUUAUUAGAAUCCUUAGCUUUAAUAAAAUGAGUCGUUACUCGAAGUAAUUGUUUACCAAUGACCUCUACAAACCAAUCAGGUUCUUAUUGUAGUCAUUCAUCAAUUAAAAUUAAUGAUAAGCAAACAUAAAGGUUUCGCAUCUAUGAAAAACAAAGUAUCUCUAAUAAAAUGUUAAAAAUCUUGCA